AUGUUCAUCUCCCCAUUUCGACGCGUCAAACCGGCCGAGCAACUUAGUGUCGACCCGGGAGAGACCCGAGAGCGACAACCCUUAGGAUUUGAAUACGAUGAGCAUCGACUGCUGGGAGACCAGAUCACUCUCACGCUUGAAAGCGGGGAAAAGCCUCAUGCUGGUUCCGUUCCUCUCCUGUCGCUAUUUGGUAAGCUCUCUUUGACCUAUGGCCAAAUCUGCGCCCUGGCCGGGGACUUCUAUGGCACCGACAAGCCCAUCAGCGACGGGAACAGUGAUUCAGACCGUUGCAAUCGCUUCAUUGCUGCAUUUGAUACACUUGCAAACAAUCCUCACGACCAGCCACAGGAUGCCGGGGCGCUGCUCGACUUUUUGCAAACGGAGGUCGACGCCGUCAAUGCUGCCGUCAGCCAGGGCAAAGAUCCAUCAGAGGCAUAUGCGAACGCCGGGUUCUGGGAUCCGGUUAAACUGGACUUCAAGACCAAGGACCGAAGGCCGGGCUUCCCCGGAUAUUUAGCUCUUGCAGCAAUCAACUGGGAUCAUUUUGGAGAAGACGCCCGGACAGUGUAUAAUGUUGGCCAUGCAGCUGCCAUCAAACACGCUGCGACAACCGGGGACUUGCUUCGAGCCUAUGCCUUGAAUGCAUUCGCCGACCAUUUCCUGGAAGACUGCUUUUCUGCUGGUCAUCUGCGAACUCCACGACGCCCAUUGCAUGGCUUGGCUCACGCGAGAGACCUCUGUGCCAAGUACAUGCACGACGAGGAUUGCGCCCUCGGAAUCGAUGUGCAGAGCCAAGAAGGUCAAAAGUGGACAGUCUUUGGCGACAAGCGCCUUUUGGACAAGAUCAACCACGACAACCUCGUUCGCGUCUCUACGGCUGUGCAGACUUCGGCGGAUGAGGUCUAUCAAGCAUGGUCCACAAAGAAGGAAAUCCCAGCGGCUGACUUCAAGGUAUGGGAUCAGGCACCUACGGUAGAAUCAGCGCGGGGCCCACAGACCCUGGCUCCCUUGUUUACGUUCCCUGCGAGUAGCGAACUGGCCGACGUCAAACGGAGAUCGACGUUGAAGAACAGGAGAGAAUGGAAGUUUGACAAGAAUUGGCUGACUGCAGUCACGGUGGCCAAGAUAGCUGCCAGUGGCUACUGGAAGUAUCCCAUGUCUAUGGACCCUUGA